AUGAGGGAAGACACACCAGAAGCACUGCGCAACAAACAGGUGUCUCAGGUGACUUGUGGGAGCCAGCAUACAGUCGUUUUGACAAAAGAUGGUCAGUUGUAUACUUGGGGCCAGGACUCCAGGGGGCAGCUGGGUCUGGGCACAAACGAGCAAUACGUGAAUUCACCCCAGCAUGUCAGAUCUUUGUCAGCGAUCCCAGUGGUCCAGGUCGCUGCAGGUGGAGAGCAGAGCUUCGCCCUCUCUGUCUCUGGAGGAGUGUUUAGCUGGGGCAGAAAUGACUGUGGACAGCUUGGACUGGGUGACACACAAGACAGACAUACACCGACUCCGGUUCAUUACCUAAACAUGAAGAAAACUGUUUCCAUUUCCUGUGGGAAGGACCACACUGCUGCUCUGACAAAGGACGGUGCAGUGUUUACAUUUGGCUCUGGUCAAUAUGGACAGCUUGGCCACAACUCGUUACAAAAUGAACAGCGUCCUCGGCUUGUUGCAGAGCUCUGGGGGGCAAAGGUCACAAAGGUUGCAUGUGGGAGCUACCACACACUGGUACUGACAGGAUCCAAGAAGGUGUACUCGUUUGGGUGUAAUGAACAAGGGCAGCUGGGACGUGGAGAAGAGACUCAGGCAUCAGUGCCACUACCUGUGCAACUGCCACAUGACAUUUCUAACAUCUAUGCAGGAGGAAACACUUCAUUUGCAACAUGUACGCCUAAUGAGGGCGCUGAUAACGAGUCAGGCAGUGGCACAAAGAACAAGGUGACAGAACACUCUAUUGAUAACAUGAUUGACAAAUGGGUCUCUGCAUAUAAUCCAAAGCUGUGGAAGAAUCUAAAAGACAAAGAUAAACAUUUCCAAACUUCACCAACGUACUCCGGUUUGGACUUGUCACUUGCACGGCGAAGUUUUGAGAAGCUUGUGAUGCAAGAUGUUGUUUUUGCAGAGCUGCUUCCAUCUGUUGAUAUGAACCCUGUGGGAGUGGAAGGAUUGAGGAUCUUCCUGCUUCUCAAUGAACUUCUGCAUGCAUGCAUACAGAAAUGCAGAUGGCAAAAGCUUGCUGAUGCAGUCGCUGCUACCAUGCAACGACUCCCCAAUGAAAGCGUCCAAAUUUUAGGGGAAUGGUGGUCCUCACUGUCACCCUCCGACAUGAUCAGAUAUGUUCAGGUGUGGAAGACGGCCCUCUCGUGGAUCCCAAUCUUUAAGUCUGCUUCUUGCGACGCUCAAGCCAGAAACAAUGCAGAUGAUCUGCCUGUGAUUCUGUGCAAGUACCCGUUUGUGAUGGAUCUGAAAUCAAAGAAACUGGUUUUUGACAUGAAUUUUGCCUUCACUCAGAAUGAACAGGAGGCGCCUCCACAGAUGGUUUUUGUUUUUCCUUACGGAUGGAUUUCCCAGUCAAAACCCAAAUUUUUUAAACUGCAGCUGCAGCGCGCAUCACUUUUCAAAAGCACCUUCAGAGAGCUGGCAGCUGCUGCUCACAGCGACUUCAAGAAGCCACUUGUGGUCCAUUUUGAUGAGGAUCCAAACAGCACAGAUGUCUACAAACGAGACCUUUUUCACCACCUGUUUCUUAAAAUGGUGUCAGAAGAAUCUGGGAUGUUCAUGCUCAAUGACUCCAAAACUCUGGCAUGGUUUCCCUCCAAUGCAACAGAGGAGAGCAAGAGAAACUUCUUCCUGUUUGGACUACUGUGUGGCUUGGCCUUGUACAACCAGUGUAUCAUACACUUACCAUUCCCACUGGUUCUGUUCAAGAAGCUACUCAGUUUAGAGCCGACACUGGAGGAUAUGAAGGAGUUCAGCCCGACUGUUGGACUGAGAGCUCCAAUUCUUGGCAUGGACCAGGUCAAGAUGAAGGUUCAGGUUAAGCAAAUUCAGAGCGGCACCUGUGAUCAGCACUUCCCUGAAGCCCUGACAUGUCACUCUAUUCUGUAUCUGCCUUUUUACUCAACUAAGGAGAUCCUGCGAGACAGACUGACAGAGGCCCUGCUAGCAGAUACUGAAUUCACACUGUGA